UGGUAGUGGACGACCGUGCAGUGGUAUCAGUUCAGUGGCCAGGGGUGUUAUGUACAGUGACAGUAUAGGAUAGUGACAGUGAUGUCAUGUUGCGAGAUCUGCAACGAUGUCGAAGUCACCACCCCGGCACCGAACGCCGAAUGUCUCAAGGAGAGAAAAUGGUGGUGCUUCCUGCUGUCCUCUAUCUUCACCUUCCUGGCGGGGCUGCUCAUCGUCCUGCUGUGGCGAGUGUUCGCCUUCCUCUGUUGUCGCAAGGAGCCCGAACUCUCGCCCAAUGACCCGAAACAGAAGGAACAGAAGGCGGCCCGGAGCCAGGGCAAGCAGGAGUUCGAGGGCACUUUCAUGACAGAGGCCAAAGACUGGGCUGGCGAACUCAUCUCUGGUCAGACCACGACGGGCAGGAUUUUGGUAGUCCUGGUGUUUAUACUGAGUAUUGCUUCGCUCAUCAUUUACUUCAUUGACGCUUCUAGCGAAGAAGUAGAAAAAUGUCAGAGCUGGAGCAACAAUGUUACUCAACAAAUCGAUUUAGCCUUCAAUAUAUUUUUUAUGGUGUACUUUUUUAUACGAUUUAUAGCUGCAAGUGAUAAACUAUGGUUUAUGCUCGAGAUGUAUUCAUUUGUUGAUUAUUUUACGAUACCACCGUCAUUCGUUUCGAUAUAUUUAGAUCGCACAUGGAUAGGUUUGAGGUUCCUGCGAGCCCUGAGGCUUAUGACAGUCCCGGAUAUUCUGCAGUAUCUCAAUAUUCUCAAGACCUCAUCAUCCAUACGACUGGCGCAACUCGUCUCCAUCUUCAUCUCAGUAUGGUUGACGGCUGCCGGCAUCAUCCAUCUGCUGGAGAACUCCGGAGACCCAAUGGAGUUCAACAACCCCCAGCAGUUGUCCUACUGGACGUGUGUGUACUUCCUCAUCGUCACCAUGUCCACCGUCGGCUACGGUGACGUCUACUGUCAAACUGUCCUCGGACGAACUUUUCUUGUUUUCUUUUUACUCGUCGGUUUGGCGAUUUUCGCAAGUUGUAUCCCCGAGAUUAUUGACCUGAUCGGGACUAGACCGAAGUACGGAGGAACGCUGAAGAACGAACGUGGACGAAGGCAUAUAGUCGUCUGCGGUCACAUCACGUACGAGUCUGUGUCUCACUUCUUGAAGGACUUUCUCCACGAGGACAGAGAAGAUGUUGACGUGGAGGUGGUAUUUCUUCACAGGAAGCCCCCAGAUUUGGAGCUGGAAGGACUGUUCAAACGUCACUUCACCACCGUCGAAUUCUUUCAAGGCUCCAUCAUGAACCCAAUUGACCUUCAGAGAGUCAAGGUGCACGAAGCUGAUGCGUGUUUGGUGUUGGCUAACAAAUACUGCCAAGACCCGGAUGCUGAAGAUGCGGCCAACAUCAUGAGAGUCAUCAGUAUAAAAAACUACUCAGACGACAUCAGAGUUAUCAUCCAACUGAUGCAGUACCACAAUAAGGCGUACCUGUUGAACAUUCCUUCGUGGGACUGGAAGCAGGGGGAUGACGUGAUCUGUCUCGCCGAGCUCAAGCUGGGUUUCAUCGCGCAGAGUUGUCUUGCGCCGGGCUUCUCUACCAUGAUGGCCAAUCUGUUUGCCAUGCGCUCGUUCAAAACGAAUGUGCGCUGUGCGCAAACAGCGGAUUAUCAGUCUUGGCAGAACGACUACCUGCGUGGCACAGGCAUGGAAAUGUACACCGAGUCUUUGAGCCCUACGUUCAUUGGCAUGCCGUUUGCACAAGCGACGGAGUUGUGUUUCACAAAACUCAAACUUCUGCUUCUCGCCAUCGAGAUCAAAGGGGAGGAUGGACACGACAGCAAGAUCUCCAUCAAUCCAAGAGGAGCGAAGAUCUCAGCCAACACUCAGGGGUUCUUUAUUGCUCAAUCAGCUGACGAGGUUAAAAGAGCGUGGUUCUACUGCAAAGCGUGCCACGAGGACAUCAAAGACGAAACGCUGAUCAAGAAAUGCAAAUGCAAAAACUAUGUUGGGAUGAUGAUGAUGCAGACAGGCAUGGUGAAGGGGGAGAACAUGAACCAGAGUUAUGUUGAGGUGGCCACUUUCCGGAAAGGCGUGAGAGCGGUGCAGAUGGUGGGACGAGCAAGCGAGGAUUUCACCUACGCAAAUGAUCAUCAUCCCCCUCCUACGUUUACUCCGCCAGAAUUGCCCAAGAAGGUUCACCUUAGAGGUGAAGCGGGCAGGGAUCGUGAAGAUGCCUUAGUUGCGAAUAGAAACCUGAGGAACACUCCUACAGCGAUGGUCAACUCUACGAAACAAGUAAACAAAGUGAAGCCUAAUGUCAAUCGUACACCUAAUGACGUUACGUCUCCGAACUCCAACUACAACAACAGGAAUCAAGAGGACUCAUAUGCCGGGCUCCAUCUCUCCUAUGAAGUCAAAAAGCUCAUGCCCACACAACGAGGCACUCCCGGCAACAACGUCAACAACAAUGGAGGGUUGACGGUGGGCAUCGCUGAUGACCAAGCCAAGGAUUUCGACUUUGAAAAGACUGAAAUGAAGUAUGAUUCCACGGGAAUGUUUCACUGGAGUCCGGCGAGAAAUUUAGAAGACUGCAUUCUGGACCGUAACCAGGCGGCGAUGACAGUUUUGAAUGGCCAUGUUGUGGUUUGCCUGUUUGCCGAUCCAGAUUCACCCCUUAUAGGUCUUAGAAAUCUUGUGAUGCCGUUGCGAGCUAGCAACUUCCAUUAUCACGAGCUGAAGCAUGUAGUCAUCGUCGGAGCUGUUGACUACAUCCGUCGGGAGUGGAAGAUGCUGCAGAAUCUACCCAAGAUAUCAGUGCUUAAUGGUUCACCUCUCAGUAGAGCGGACUUGCGAGCGGUGAAUGUAAACCUGUGUGAUAUGUGCGUCAUCUUGUCUGCAAAGGUGCCUAGCAACGACGACCCCACCUUGGCUGACAAAGAGGCCAUCUUGGCAUCUCUCAACAUCAAAGCAAUGACGUUUGACGAUACCAUCGGUGUUCUAAGCCAAGAUGACUCGGGUGUGGUCAGUGCUCGUAACGAACACGAGAACUUCACCCCUGGUGGCGGCCCCAUCGUACUACAGAGGCGAGGAUCUGUGUACGGGGCCAAUGUUCCUAUGAUCACCGAGUUGGUGAACGACAGCAAUGUUCAGUUUCUGGAUCAGGACGACGACGACGACCCUGAUACCGAGUUGUACCUGACGCAACCCUUCGCUUGCGGCACAGCCUUUGCUGUCAGUGUGCUCGACUCGCUCAUGUCAACGACAUAUUUCAAUCAAAAUGCGCUGACGCUGAUUCGGUCGCUCAUCACGGGAGGAGCGACUCCUGAGCUGGAGCUGAUUCUUGCAGAAGGAGCUGGUCUGAGAGGCGGUUACAGCACGUCAGACAGUUUGUCGAACCGAGACCGUUGCAGAGUAGGUCAGAUCUCACUGUACGACGGACCCCUGGCGCAGUUCGGUGAGGCUGGCAAGUACGGGGACUUGUUUGUUGCGGCACUCAAGACUUAUGGGAUGCUAUGCAUCGGACUGUAUAGGUUUCGUGAUACAAGUUCAUCGUGUGAUGCUUCAUCAAAGCGAUAUGUGAUUACAAACCCACCUGAUGAUUUUUCACUAUUACCAACAGAUCAGGUAUUUGUGCUUAUGCAGUUUGACCCCGGCCUUGAGUACAAGCCAGCCAGUAACCGAGGCAAGGAGGAGAACUCCUGACUGUUGCUGUGUAGUGCUCUCACUGACGGACCGUACUCUUACAUCUAGACGACCCGUCGCCACGGUCCCACCAUUCCGCGUCAUCCCUCCCCCUCCCUGUCAACUUUUGUAUCGUCUUUAAAAUUUCUCCUUAAGGUUAUGUAGUUUUGCAAGAGCCUUAAAAGUAACCUAACCAAAUCACAAAUUUAAAGACUAAAUUAUUUAAUUAUUUAUAUUAUUACUUAAUAAUAAUUAUUAAUUAUUUAUCUAUUGAUUUUUGCUUUUAGGCUCAGAUCAUGAUUAUUUGGUUGCCUGUUAUUUGAUCACAGGCUGUGAACCUUUUAAUUAGUUUAAAUAGUUUUUGGAACCAAGGUCUCUAAAAUUGUCGUUACAUAUACUGCAUAUAUUUUGAACCACAGCCCAACUAAAACACUGAAUUAAUUGGUACAUAUUAAGAUUGCAUGUGCACAUCAAGGCAGUUCACAUUUUCAAGCACGAUCAAAAAUAUUUAACUAUUUUAACCAUUUAACUUUCAAUUGAAUUGAAUCAUUAACUUAAUCAUCUACCGGUACCUGAAUGCAAAAUUACCAGUUUAAAAAAUAUCACACUAAAAUAUCUGUGAUAAUUUAAUGGCAAGACAAGGCUUAUAUUUUUUUACUAACAUAUACAGCCUAUGUGCUGUCCCCCCCCCCUCCCACCCUCGACGUUAGGAAAGGAUGACGCAAAGGGAAGCGAGAGCACUACAGAAACAGUCAAACCAUAGACACAAGUGUAAAGUGUAGAGUUGUUACGAUUGUUAACGGACUUUCCAAGAAAGCGCUUUGUGAGUGUGAGUUCGGGCGAAGGUGACGUUUGUGGGACAGUGCCUUGUGAAUCUACUCAUCCACCUCGAGAAGCUGUCAAAUAGAUACUAGAACACCAUUUUCGAAACGAACAUUCCUUUUGUAAAUCGUUUUGCAAAACACACAAUGUACAGAUUGUUUUACAUUUUUUACAUUCGAUAUUGCACAAUUUUUUAUCAGAAUCGGUCCGACCUGUUUAGGAUCACCAUUGAAAUUCACUCGAUUCGAAGUGUUCUGAUGUAUCUUAUGUGAGACACAAACCGUCAAAUUUCGCUCGUCCUCAUACACGCUUAAGGUUGUAAUUGUUAUUUGUUUUAAGGCCUAAGGUACCUUAGACAUAUUGCCUUCACCAACAAUCAACAUUUCUAUUUCCUCAGGUUUUGGGAUUUUGUUUAACUUUCAAGUUUAUGGUGAGCGUAAAUAAAAUAAAUUGAGCAUGUUUUGAGUUUUUAUUUUGUGAUUGAAUUUCCAUAAAUUUUAGUUUUGAGUUUAUUGGAGUUUUUUGAGUAUUAUUCUCGAAUGUCUACAUGUAUGAUUAGUGGCACAUCCAUAAUUAUAUUUUCUUUGGAGAGAGAAAUUUAUUUAACACGUUUCUUCCCAGCCUUUACACUCAGAUAUGUAUAACAACGCUAAUUCUAAGUAAAUAAAAGUCAAUUUUCACGCUCUAGUAAUGUAAAAAAAAAUUUCAAAUUCGAAACUAUUACAAGUUAUUACUUUAACAUUAGUAUUCUAAUCAACAUGCUAUGUGACGAAUUAUUGUCCAAGAGCGAUUACAGGACUCUCUCACACACUCAAAGUAAUGCUAUGAGUAUCAAAAUUAUAAAGAAAUUAGUUGGUAAUUUUAAAAGAGGCAUAUUAGAUAAGACCCACACGUGAUAAAGACAGAGGUUAGUGUAAACCAGGUGUUAGUGUAGGUUUAAGAUAGUGUAUGGGGAUCACCAAAAGAUUUUCUUUACAUAAUUUUUUAAAUACUGUUGAGAGAAAAUCUAUAAUACUGAAAUUCAGAUCAAUGUAAGCAUUGCUUAUUUAUUGAGGAGGUGCUUUAGUUACUAAGCUCCUUUUCAACUUAAAUGUGCCACUAAUUAUAAUAGAUUCCAGGUUCAGUUUUGUAAGUUAUACGGAAACAUUUUGAAGAACAAAUGAGAUUAUAAGAACAAGAUUUUUUAUACCUCGGAGUUUUAGGCUUUAAUUAUUCAUUAGUAAUUGUGGAUCAAACAUUAGGUUAUAUUAAGUUUAAGUAGAUGCUGUAAGGUGCUAACUUUUCUAAAAUCUAAAAAAAAUACUAAUUUAAUUACACUACCGGUAAGUAUUUAAGAAAUAUCACCUCUUGAAAGUGUAUAUGUUUGUGAGUUAAUUUGUUGGUCGAAUUAGAUUUGUUAUUACUGAGUUUUAACACAAGUGAACUUAUUUGUUGAUAAAUGUAUGUUAUAAUGUGCAAGUGAUUUACAAUUUAAGUUGUGGGUUAAUGAAAAUGAUUCAAACUGUUGUUUAAUUACAUGCACUGUUGUUGAAAUCGAGCUUUGUAGAUUUUAUUCUGCUGUUUAUAAAUGUUUAUAUUCGUAAAAUUGAAUUUGUAAUAACGAAGCACUUUUAAAAGUAAAAAUCCCGAGUAGUCCCAACGCCGUAAAGAUUCAUACACUUACCGUUAAUCUAGUUCCGUUUGAGAUUUUAGCAUAGAAAUACGCUUAAAAUUUUAUAAUUUACUAUUAAAUCCUAGUACAAAGUUAGGCUUUUCUGCCAUUGUAGAGUAUAUUCACGUUAUGCUACUUUUCCACCCGCAAUGCCUAUGGAAGUGAUAUUUUCACUUUUAAUUUUUCUCAAUACGAUUUAAAAGUGGUUCGCUCCAUUAGCUGUAUUAUAGCUACACCUCACUCGUUAGCAAACCCUAACAAAAGACAAAUGUUGAAUGUUCUAAACUCGUAAGAUGUAUAUAUUGUAUCAUUGCUUCACCUUUGUGUCUUGUUUCAAAUAAAUAAUCAUUCGAUCGAUCACUCAUCAAUAGUUUUAAGUGUAAAAUAAAAUUCUAUUUUUCAUCCACUGUAGUAUUUUAUCGGUUUGUAUAUUUUUUUGACCAUUGAUGCUCAUAAAUCGAGAUAGAUUAACUUGUUGCCAAUCCAUAAAAUAAUGAUUAGUCAAAUAAAAAAGAGGUUAUUUAAAAUGUUGAGAUUUAAUUAGUCUAUUAUGGUCCGUACGCUGAAUAAUUACUUGCAACUGACAAAGCUGGCUUUGUCUUAAACUAGGGAGUUAUCUUUGCCAUAUUUCUUCAGCAUUUCAAUAAUGUAUUUAAUGUUUUACCAACAAUUUAUUUAAUUUUAAAGUAAAAUUAAUGAAAUACAGGAUAAAUCAAUCGCCUUUUAGAAAACAACGCGUUGAAGUAAAAUUAAAAAAAAAAAUACCCUCUGAACCGUGAGAAAUUUUAGCAGAUGUAAUCCAAUGUUUGUUCAUCCCAGCAGUUUCUAACAGCUGUAAAAUAAUUACUGCAGGAGCGUUAAAAAUAUUUCGGCUAAGAUAAAGAUAUAAAAUUCCUUAGAAAAUCAAAUAGUCACAAGUCAUUAUUAAAGUUUAUGGCUAAAAUGGUAAAAUGAAAACAAAUUGAUAUAAUUUACUAACUUUUUCAUGUUUAAUGGUUAACAAAGCUAAAGGAACUAAACACUAAAGCAUUUCUAACAAUGUUAAUGAAACAUUUUAUUGAUGUCAUUGCCAUUAAAGUAAGAUAUCCUCAUUCAAAGUCAUAGUUCCAUCAUAUGUGAACACUGUAUGAUAAGAAGCUUUGUUAUGUUGCCUGUUUAAAACAUGUUAAUGAUACAAAUUUAGCCUAUUUUGGGCACACGCUUAAUCAAAGAACACGUAGUACUGUAUUUGACCAGCCAAUAUUGUUGAUAUUUGUAGAACCUCUUUAAAAUCUUUUCUAGAAUUGACAGAAAACUAAAUUCUGUACAAAUCAAUUGCUUAUGAGAUAUUGCACUUCCCAAAAAAUAAGGGAAAUAUUGUAGCCUUACUAUUUCAUACAUUUGUACUUUUCAUCGACUCUCACAAUAUACGCUAUAUUUUUCCUGCUGUUAACUUUACAUUUUAAAGUUGCUGAGCACAUAACGUUUAUUAAUUUUAAAUCAUCAUGGAUAGAAACGUUAACACAUUAUUAAAAUGUCUAGAUGAAAUCAAAGAGUAUAUUUCAUGGUUGGAAUUUGUAUUGUUUCCAUUUAGUUAUAGUUUUUAUUUCUCUUCUAAAAUUUGUUACUGAAUAAGAUAUUAUACUCAUGUUUAUACAUUA